GGCGGGAGGUGAAGUGACGCUGCGGCCAGAAGAUGGCGGCGACGGAGACUCUUGCUUCGUCAACCACCGCCACGGCGUCGGCCUCGGCCGCGGCGACCGCCACUGCGGCGGCUCUCGGGGAGGUGGAGGAUGAAGGACUCCUGGCAUCGCUGUUCCGGGACCGCUUCCCCGAGGCCCAGUGGCGGGAGCGGCCCGACGUGGGCCGCUACCUCCGGGAGUUGAGCGGCUCCGGGCUGGAGCGGCUGAGGCGCGAGCCCGAGCGCUUGGCGGAGGAGCGGGCGCAGCUGCUGCAGCAGACGCGCGACUUGGCCUUCGCCAAUUAUAAGACCUUCAUCCGCGGCGCCGAGUGCACCGAGCGCAUCCACCGCCUCUUUGGCGACGUGGAGGCGUCGCUCGGCCGCCUGCUCGACCGCUUGCCCAGCUUCCAGCAGAGCUGCAGAAACUUUGUGAAAGAGGCUGAAGAGAUCAGUUCCAACCGCCGGAUGAACACCCUGACCCUAAACCGGCACACAGAAAUCCUGGAAAUCCUGGAGAUCCCCCAGCUCAUGGACACUUGUGUCCGGAACAGCUACUAUGAAGAGGCUCUGGAGCUUGCGGCCUACGUACGCCGACUGGAAAGGAAAUACUCCUCCAUCCCUGUCAUCCAGGGCAUUGUGAAUGAAGUGCGCCAGUCCAUGCAGCUGAUGUUGAGCCAGCUGAUCCAGCAACUGAGGACCAAUAUCCAGCUCCCUGCCUGCCUCCGUGUCAUUGGCUUCCUGCGGCGCAUGGAUAUCUUCACUGAGGCUGAGUUGAGGGUGAAGUUUCUUCAGGCCCGAGAUGCUUGGCUCCGCUCCAUCCUGACUGCCAUCCCCAAUGAUGAUCCCUAUUUCCACAUCACAAAAACCAUUGAGGCUUGCCGUGUCCAUCUGUUUGAUAUCAUCACCCAGUACCGUGCCAUAUUCUCAGAUGAGGACCCAUUGUUGCCGCCUGCCAUGGGUGAGCACACUGUGAACGAGAGCGCCAUCUUCCAUGGCUGGGUGCUACAGAGGGUCUCGCAAUUCCUGCAGGUGCUGGAGACCGACCUUAACCGGGGGAUAGGUGGCCGCCUAGACUCUCUGCUGGGUCAGUGCAUGUACUUUGGGCUGUCCUUCAGCCGGGUGGGGGCUGAUUUCCGGGGCCAGCUGGCUCCUGUUUUCCAGCAGGUGGCCAUCAGCACUUUCCAGAAAGCAAUUCAGGAAGCGGUGGAAAAGUUCCAGGAUGAAAUGAAUUCCUACACCCUCAUCUCCGCUCCAGCCAUCCUGGGCAGCAGUAACCUGCCUGCUGCUGUGCCAGUCACUCAGCCAGGGACCUUGCAGCCACCCAUGGUACUCUUAGAUUUCCCACCCCUUGCCUGCUUCCUGAACAGUAUUCUGGUUGCCUUCAAUGAUCUGCGCCUCUGCUGCCCUGUGGCCCUGGCACAGGAUGUGACUGGGGCCCUGGAGAAUGCCCUUGCCAAGGUAACUAAUAUAAUCCUGGCCUUCCAUCGUGCAGAAGAGGCUGCUUUCAGCAGUGGGGAGCAAGAGCUCUUCAUCCAGUUCUGCACCGUCUUCGUGGAAGACCUUGUUCCAUAUUUAAAUCGCUGUCUCCAAGUCCUUUUUCCACCAGCUCAGAUAGCACAGACCUUAGGCAUCCCUCCCACUCAGCUCUCCAAGUACGGCAACCUUGGGCAUGUGAACAUCGACGUCGUCCAGGAGCCUCUCGCCUUCAUCCUGCCGAAGAGAGAGCUGGUCCUGUGUCUAGACGAAAAGGAGCUGGUGCCCGAGCUCCCAGCUCCAGCACCGGAAGUCCCCCCCGAGGAGUCAGGGCUGGACCCCAGAGGGGAGCAGGUGGUGUGGCAGGCGAGUGGAUGGGCAGCCCGUAUCAUCCAGCAUGAGAUGGACCACUUGCAGGGCUGCCUGUUCAUCGACAAAAUGGACAGCAAGACAUUUACAAACAUCCACUGGAUGGAGGUGAAUGAUUAGUUUUCCUGCUGCACCUGAGGAUUCUGGAAACCAAAACACAAACACCUGGGCUCUGAGCUGGGACUGGCUUGCUUGACGUCAACUUGAUAUCGGCUUGGCUCUGACAGAAAACAAUGGAUUGCCAAACCAAACUGGAGAAAUAUGUUCAAAAUGUUUGCCCUGAAACCGGCCAUGGACAAAAUAACUGCCUCCAACUUGAGAAGAAAAUAAAUGUCUCCAAAGAGAGAACAUUUCCUGAUGAUUUUGUAUGGUAAAACGUGAGGCAAAAUAAAUAACCACUCUUAGUAGACAUGAUUUCAUA